AUGACUGGAACGAAGGCUAAAGCGACAGAAUGCAGCUUCGCAAUUGCUCAUUGCAUAGCUGCCAAAGGCAAACCCUUUACAGAUGGAGAAUAUAUAAAAGAAAUUUUUAUAAAAAGUGCUGAAAAGUUGUUUAGCGAUUUACCUAACCAACAAACCAUAUUAUCCCGAAUUCAAGAAAUACCGGCUUCUGCGCGAACAAUUGAAAGAAGAAUAACUGAAAUGGCAGACAAUGUAACAACAAAACAGAAUGCUGGAUUACAAGAAGCUGUUUCAUUUAGUGUUGCUGUUGAUGAAAGUACCGACGUAAAUGAUAUUGCGCGGCUUGCAGUAUUUGCACGGUAUUGUGAUAAAGAUCAAGUUUAUGAAGAAUUGUGUACUUUGAUUCCUCUGUCUGGGACAACUAAGGGGGAGGAUAUUCUUUCUUCAUUCAUAAGUUAUUUUGACAGCAAGAACAUUAAUGUCAAAAAAAUAUUUUCUGUAACUACUGACGGCGCAGCUGCAAUGAUUGGCAAAUAUAGAGGAUUUGUCAAACUUCUUGAAAAUCAUAUUGGACAUAAAAUAUUGAACUUCCAUUGUAUAAUACACCAGGAAAGUUUAGUUGCCAAAAUUUCGUCACAGCGCUUAAUUCCUGUAAUGAACACUGUUGUUAAAAUAGUUAAUUUUAUAGUGUCUCGCUCUUCACUAACACACAGACAAUUUAAAUCUCUUUUAGAAGAAAUGGAAAGUGAAUAUGUUGACCUUCCCUCAUACAGCCAUGUUCGUUGGCUUAGUCGGGGCAAUGUCUUAAAUAAGUUUGUGUCAUGUCUGGAACCCAUCAAAGUUUUUCUUAACGAAAAGGAACAACAUUUCCCCGAAUUGAACGAUGAAGAAUGGUUAGGCAAAUUAAUGUUUCUGACCGAUGUAACAAAUCAUCUAAAUGAACUAAACUUGAAAUUGCAAGGAAAGCGCCAAACGGUGCUCGAAUUAUUUGAAUAUUGA